CCUCAAACACCACCGGGUCCCCCCGGACCUGACGGACCAAUGGGAAUGCCGGGACCACGAGGACCAGACGGUCCCAAAGGCCCCCCGGGCCCCCCAGGACUUCCAGGACCACCCGGAAUACCAGGAUAUCCAGGAUCACCCGCUGGACCUCCCGGUAGACCGGGACCUAUGGGACCACCAGGGCCAGCAGGGGGACAAGGACCUCCAGGCGAUAUGGGUGCUAUGGGACCCGCCGGAGGGGCAGGAAGUGUCGGGCAACAUUUGGGAAAACGAAGGCAAUCAAUCCCGAAAUUGUAAGAGUAGCAAGAGAGAUAGAAAGCCUGACAACAGGAAAAAUAUAAGUAUAAAAGGACUNUCCACCUGCACCACCUCCUCCACCCCCACCACCUCAAACACCACCGGGUCCCCCCGGACCUGACGGACCAAUGGGAAUGCCGGGACCACGAGGACCAGACGGUCCCAAAGGCCCCCCGGGCCCCCCAGGACUUCCAGGACCACCCGGAAUACCAGGAUAUCCAGGAUCACCCGCUGGACCUCCCGGUAGACCGGGACCUAUGGGACCACCAGGGCCAGCAGGGGGACAAGGACCUCCAGGCGAUAUGGGUGCUAUGGGACCCGCCGGAGGGGCAGGAAGUGUCGGG